CACAACCUCCCGCCGCCCCUCCCGCCGCCCCUCCCGCCUCCGCUUAGUGCAAACGGUGCACAAGUCCAUAUCAUGGACAUCGCGAGCGUGUUUUCGGCCCUCAGACACACUCCAGAACUAAUGGAACUAUCCUACAUCACUUUUCAACGCUUCCUACGCUGCUCAAGUGCCCUCAAGGAUGACAUACUCCAACCUCAGCCUCACACAGUCUCUGUUACUGCUGCACCUGAUGUCCUACCACCAAUUAUCAUGGAAUUCUUGAGCAAGUCGUUUGAUAUCAUGCUCGAGGCUGUUGACAUGCUAUGGGACGUGGUCAAGGACAUCGUGUGGGUGCUUCCCACUGAGGCAGAUGAGUGGGAAGCAGUUGAGACAAUGUUUCAUCUUCAUGCUUCCCUGGUCCUAUAUCCACCAAACAAGACAUGUACUAACCCGGAUUGUAAUGCUCUGCAGCAUGGUUCAGUACUCAAAAAGGAGGAGCAAUGUCGGGUGGUCGUUUUCACUCAUGCGGAGGGCACACGGUGUCUUGCUACUUAAGGGUCUUAUGUACAACGCGUGUAUAGUGACAACACAACUAUACAGGAUAAGACUUCUUGCCAGUCCUUAAGUACACGGUCUACGACUUUUCUAGUUUUUGUGGUAGAUAACGUGUGAGUUCUUGGGAGGGUUUACUGAUGUGUCCUCUUCUUGUUGUUCCC